GAGAGAGAAGGAGAGAGAGAAGGAGAGUCAGGGACAGGCAGUGCUGAAAAGGAGAGCACAAAGAGAAGGAAAGUGGAGCAGGGGAGGGGAACAGGAGGCUGGGUGAAGGGAGAGGGAAAGACAAAAGAAGGAGAGGGGAGACAUAGCAGGGUGAACGGAGGGGACUGAGCAAAUGGCUACGGAGGAGACGGCGGGGGGAGCCAGGAAAGCCACCAAGAGCAAACUGUUUGAGUUCCUGGUCCAUGGAGUGCGUCCUGGCAUGCCGUCUGGAGCGAGGAUGCCCCACCAGGGAGCUCCCAUGGGCCCCCCCGGCCCACCGUACGGAGGGAGCCCGGCGGUGCGGCCCGGCCUGCCCUCCCCGGUGAUGGAGCCCAGUCGUAAGAGGCCUGCCCCCUCCCAGCAGGUCCAGCAGCAGCAGCAGCAGCAACAGCAGCAGCAGCAGCAGCAGGCCGUCCAGAACCGAGCCAGGAAGAAGCCAGUCGGAUUCCCGGGAGCCAAUGAGAUGCCGGCGAGGCAGAUGGACAUGAGAGAGCCCCAAUCAGAUCCCACGCUCGGAUCAAAUGCUAAGAGAAGGAAAAUGGCAGACAAGAUUCUUCCGCAAAGGAUCCGUGAGCUGGUCCCCGAGUCUCAGGCCUACAUGGACCUGCUGGCGUUCGAGCGCAAACUGGACCAGACCAUCAUGCGUAAACGUGUGGACAUUCAAGAAGCACUGAAGAGACCAAUGAAGCAGCAAAAGCGUAAACUGAGGCUUUACAUUUCCAACACCUUCAACCCUGCCAGACCUGAUGCCGACGACUCGGAUGGCAGCAUUGCAUCAUGGGAGCUGCGAGUGGAGGGAAAGCUGCUGGAUGACCCGGGGAAGCAGAAGAAGAAGUUCUCGUCAUUUUUUAAGAGCCUGGUGAUCGAGUUGGACAAAGACCUGUACGGUCCGGACAACCACCUGGUCGAGUGGCAUCGCACGCCCACCACCCAGGAGACGGACGGCUUCCAGGUGAAGCGGCCGGGAGACGUGAGCGUCCGCUGCACUCUGCUGCUGAUGCUGGACUACCAGCCUCCCCAGUUUAAGCUGGACCCUCGCCUGGCUCGCCUGCUUGGCAUUCACACUCAGACUCGCUCCUGCAUCAUUCAGGCCCUCUGGCAGUACGUGAAGACCAACAAGCUGCAGGACUCCCAUGACAAGGAGUACAUCAACUGUGACAAGUACUUCCAGCAGAUUUUCGACUGCCCUCGACUGAAGUUCUCUGAGAUCCCUCAGCGCCUCACCAACCUCCUCCUGCCCCCCGACCCCAUCGUCAUCAACCAUGUUAUCAGCGUGGACCCCAACGACCAGAAGAAGACGGCCUGCUACGACAUCGACGUGGAGGUCGAAGACCCUCUGAAGAGCCAGAUGAGCAGCUUCCUCCUCUCCACCGCCAACCAGCAGGAAAUUGCUUCACUCGACAACAAGAUCCAUGAGACCAUCGAGUCCAUCAACCAGCUGAAGAUCCAGAGGGACUUCAUGCUCAGUUUCUCCAGAGAUCCCAAGGGCUACAUCCAGGACUGGCUCAAAUCCCAGAGCCGAGACCUUAAGUUAAUGACAGACGUAGUGGGGAACCCUGAAGAGGAGAGGAGGGCGGCGUUUUACCACGAACCCUGGUCCCAGGAGGCCGUCAGCCGCUAUUUCUACUGCAAGAUCCAGCAGAGGAGACAGGAGCUGGAACAGGCCUUAGCGGUCCGCAACACCUAAAGGCCCUCCUGAAUUUCUGCAUCCGAUUUCAGAGCCGUGUGUGUGUGUGUGUUUGGAUGUGUGUGUGAGGCCGUCAGUGGUGAAGUCUGGUGAAACCUCUAAACUAAUACAGCAGUGUGAAAAAGUAAGAAGCUGUUGGCUUUUUUGACAUAUUUGGAAAAGCAAGCAUUUGGUCCUCGAUGAUCCAAUAGAUAAAGAUGAUAUACUCAACUAAUUACACAUAAAACUGAUAUUUUUAGUCAAUUUCAUAAUUUCAGUGAAUCAAAUACACCUUCAAAUCAAUCAAAUUAGAAGCAGGGGUUCCAGAUCAGGUUCCAGUAACUUAUAUUUCGAGAGCUUUAAAAACGUCUUCAAAUGAUUUUAAAUGAAUCGUUCCACUGUAACAAAAACCAUCCACAGUUUGCACAGAUUUCCAAAGACUGACAGUUUGUCCUGGACUGUGCACCCCAGAAAGUUCAGCCCUAGAACAGAGCGUUUAAUGCAAAAAGAAGAAGUGUCAUCACAGGAUCUGCAGGUAAAUCUGUUGAUGUCAAAGUGCUGCGUCUACAAUCAGACGGAGAUUACACAAAUUUGACCUGCAGGGGAGGCAGGCCGUGAAAAAAAGCCAUCCAAGAAGAGCAUUAGAGCAGAAAUACAUUUUGCCAGUGAAGAUAGAGGCAAAGAUCAGGCUUUCUGGAGUAACGUGGACAGAUGGAUCAAAGACAGCGUUAUCACAGUAACCGUAGACAUGUUUUAUGGAGACCAAAGACAGCUUUUUCAUGAGAAGAACCUCAUACCAGUUCUAAAGCAUACUGAUGCUGGUUUGGGUUUGCUUCAGGAACUGGACAACUUGUGAAUUCUGCCUCAUAUCCAAAAAAAAAAUACUCAAACAUAAAAUGAAACCUCAAUGAAACCUUUCAACAGGAUAACACUAUAACAAAUCCACCAAGAAAUAUCCUAAAAAGAAGAAAUGGAGGGUUGUGGAAUAGCCAAAUCAAAGCUCACAUUUAAAUCCCAUUGAAAUGCUGCAGGGGGGAUUUGAAGCAGGCGAGAAAACCCUCAAACAUCUCACAACUGAAGGCAGACUGGUGGGCAAUUAGACAAAACAAAAGGUUAUUUCUGCUAAAAGGGGGCGAAACUAGCCUCUGGUGCCACGGGUGUACUUACUUUUUACCAUGAAGCAAUAUUACAUAUGAUAUUUGAUGAUUAAGCUGAUUCAAGUAUAUCCACAUUUAUCUAUAGACACAGUUAUGUCAAGAAAAGCCAACAACUUCAGUUUACUUUUUCACAUGACUGUAUUGAGUAAAGCUACCAAACUCCACUGAGCAGGUUUUCCCGUGACAGCAGCUAUCAGCAUGAAUGAAGGUCCGGUCUGGAUGCACAUAUGCGUCCACUGGGUAUUUGUCUCCUCUGGUGCAGGACUGUUAAGACGUCAGAAGCAUGUUUUCAGUCGAUCCUACUUCCUGCUUUGUAAAUACGUCACUAGAAAACUCCUUCUCUGCAACUCUCGACCGGCUGCUCACACACACACUCACACACACACGCCGCUGUGUUUUCUCAUCUCAAAGCAGACAGAAAUGUCAUUUCUCGCGGCGCUCUGGAUGAGUCUUUACAUUUUCUGUUCUCCAAAUAUGUUUUUUUUUUUUUAUUAUCGGGGUUGGGUGGGGGUGUGAUUCUAAGCGUGGCUGUGUGUGUUUUUAUUUGUUCUCAUUAGGAGAGUGUUUCUGAAAGGUUGAUUAAUUACACCAGCAACGUGGAGAUUACAGCGCGACACAUGGGGUGGCUGCAGAGGAUCUCUAAACCCAGAGGGGGUGGGACUCCGUUCAACCUCCAGUGUGUUUCGUUCAACAUGAAAAAAAAAAGAAAAACUCUUUUAACAGUAUUAGUUACCUGGACUUGAAGUGUUAUCAGCUCCGUGUCUGUUUAUAGUGUUCGAAUGAAGGAGUAAAACAAGUAUCGAUCGUCAUGGAAAACAGCUUUUCUUCCAUUAAUCAUAGCAAAACAACGACCGCGUCGGGCCUUGUCGACUGAUUUUCUUCUGUCAAAGUCACUCACUGCCUCUUUCUCGUGUAGUCUUUUGCCAGUUAAUGUCCUGAAGGUGUUACCAAAGGUUGCAACAAAGAAGAAGAGAACAUGAUCACUGAAAUGGAAGCGGGCAAAGAUCCAGACCUGGGUUUAAAUUGCAAAAAUGCCCUUUUCAGAUGAAUCUGAACCGUAGCUUCAGAGACAAAAUUGCUUUUCUUAACCCCUAAAACUGUUAUUCCAAUGACGUAUUAAGCCCAGGUCUGUGGGGUUUUUGUCCAUUUCUGUGAUUUUUUUUUUUUUUUUUACGUUACACAAAAAAAAGAAAAAUGAAGUUGUUUUUUUUUUUCUUUUCUAGAGAUGUGAAUGUAAAUAUGUUUUGUUCCCCAUAAGAGGGCCAACUGUACAGUAUACGACAGACUAUCUGUGUGUGUUUGUUUUGGGGGGAUUCGGGGAGGCGGGGUGGGCCAGUUACAUGUUGCAGUAUGGGAGCUCCAUGAGUUUUGGAUUAGUAGGGCAGGAAUGUUAGUGUUCUUCUGUGUGCUAUCUUGGGUCAGGGUGAUUUAUUUUAGGUCCAUCCCAUGUCUAUCGUGGGAGCUGGAAGCUGCAACAAAGAGAGACCUCCCUCACUUUCAGUCUCAGUAGCUGUAACACAUGAUAUAAUCUGCACCGAUCUCAUUUUACACCUUUUUUUAAAAUGACACUUGACUUGUAUGUAUAUGUUGUUCUGUCAGAUGGAGGAUUUUUUUUUUUUUCUCUGCAGUUUCUAGAUGGAACCUUUUCGGGGUUUCUUUGCACUGUGCUGUAACUCUUUUGUCGGGACUCUCUUCAUCACGGGUGAGACCCUCUUUAUUAUCCCAGCAUACACGAAAAGUGAUUGGACGUUUUCACGAUGACCUAUGCAUGCUCCAUGGACAUUAAGUAAUACAUCCGAUGGGACAGUCUGUGUAAAUAUACGAAGCUGGCAUAAGCAGUCCGUGUGGCGAGACUCGUCACAUUUGUCGAAAUGCCUUCUGGAAACUUUUUUGCCAAAAAUGACAUGCCCUACCAGCAACUAACUGUAGGUGUGAUUUUUUCUGAGCUGUGUUUUUGUUACUAGGACGAAGUUAUAUUAACUGCACUCUGUAGAGGAGAAACAGUAGUCAUAGGUAGUAUCUCGGUCCUGUGUCUGACCCGGAGUGAUUUUUCUUUGUAUGGCCAGGGCAUUCAGAUUGUUGUCGCCGAUUCACUACCACCCUCUUGUGGAGGAAACUAGAAGCUGCAGCUCCUCAGCUUUGAGCAGCACAACAUCAGAAUAACCUGACAAGAUGUUAACAAACUACUGUGUCUUCUGUUACUAAACCCUGGCAUACUGUUGACAUGUUUGUCCCGAACCCUGCAUGUGUUUCUGAAGAGUGGGAGCUGCUCUUUCUCUCUGUUUACACUGUUGUCAGAGGGUCACCGACAGGAAGAUUAUAGUAUACAUAAUACUGUGUAUCUGUAAAGAGCAAAAACUUGUUGGGUGAUUACAUUCUGCAGAAAAAGGGAAAAGAGCUGUGACACUGCGAGACAGCCUGGAUGUAAAUAAAGAAGCGCUUGCCAAAGUUUGUAAAUGCCA